AGUGAGUUCAUUGGGGCAUAACCCCACUGCAAGUCAAGAAGCAUUUUUGUUGUUUUAGGAUUGCAAACAUUUCUUAGGCUUCAAAAUGUGUAUGCCUCAUUUUAUGCUUACUCACUGAAGGAACGUUUCAUAAUCAACUUACUUCUAGUAAAAUGCAUUGAAAAUGAAAAAAAGUAAAAAAAUAGUUGUUUUUGUUUUUACAAUUUUUCCUUUUCCUUUCUUUCAAAAUGCUUGGACUAAAAUCUCACACGUAUUUUGCUGUUCUUAAGGUUAUUCUCUCUCACCAGCUCAUCGUUUUUUUCCUGUUGCAUUUCUUCCCAUACUCUAGAGGUUGGGGAGGAGAAACUCCAAGGACCAUUUUGUCCAACACUGGAAUGCGCUUUGGUUCUUCCAAUGCUUUUGAAUCAUCUGAAAGCUGAGGCAGGACUUGGACUGCUCUGGCAGGACUUGAAACAGAAAACAGGGGCGCCUUGAUUCCCAUUUCAAAGCCCUUCAUGGGACACACUCCCAUCAAAUUAUACAUACAGAAUAAGGUUCUCUGAUGGGAAACACACUCUACAACAUCUUUUAUGAGGUUAGUAAUUCUGGAAGGUAUUUUAUUCUCCAAAGGAAUUCCACACCUUAUAAAUUUAAACUAUUAGCUUUGUUAUUUUAAAGAGGUCAGCAUCCUCAUAAAUGGUAAGGGAAGGAACACAGAAUACACGACCCAACGCAGUUUGGGGAUUUUGGCUUCUUUGCCAGACUGAGUAUCUUCAAAUAUUCCUUGGAAGAGUACAAUCAAAUCACCUCUAUGAUUUCCAUGCAUCUCGGGAAUGCAUAGAGCAGGAUUCUGAGACAUGUUCUAAUUCAGUUGUAAAAACAAAACAAAACACCCCCCCACCCCCAACCUGGCUUCUUAGAGCGGUGGUUCUCAAACACUAUCAUCAGUCAAGCAUCACCUGGAAGGCUUGUGAAAGCACAAAUCGCUGGGCUCCACGCCCAGAGUUUGAUUCAAUCUGUCUGCGGUGGGGCCUGGGAAUUUGCAUUUCUAACUAAAGUUCCCAGGAGGUGCAGAUGCUACUGGUCCAGAGACCACCAUUCUAAAUCCACCGGGCUCUCCAAAACUGUUGUUGGUCUCCUCCAAAUCCUGACACUUCCGCGCUCACUGCAUCGGUUCUGCUGAGGAACCCCAUCCGUUUAGAGCCGGGUGGCAUUUAGGACAGUUUUGGCAUGUGACUGACUUACACUUAGAUCCUACUUACCACAUCACAGAUGACCACACAAAAGUGUGCUCUUCAUCCAAAGGAGCAAAUGCCUCCAACCCUGGCCCCUUUGGUGAUAUUCUGUGUGAUUCUCCAUAUCGACUUAUUUUGUCAGCAUUUGAUUUUAUUAAAAAUUCAGGACAAGAAGCAUCUUUCAUGAUAUGGACAGGGGAUAGCCCACCUCAUGUUCCAGUUUCUGAACUUUCGACAGACACUGUUAUAAAUGUGAUUGCUAAUAUGACAAUCACCAUCCAGAGUCUCUUUCCAAAUCUCCAGGUUUUUCCUGCACUGGGUAAUCAUGACUACUGGCCACAGGAUCAGCUGCCUAUAGCCACCAGUAAAGUGUACAAUGCAGUAGCAAACCUGUGGAAACCAUGGCUAGAUGAAGAAGCUAUUCAAACUUUAAGGAAAGGUGGCUUUUAUUCACAGAAAGUUACAACUAACCGAAACCUUAGGAUCAUCAGUCUAAACACAAAUUUGUACUAUAGCCCAAAUGUCGUGACCCUGAACAAGACUGACCCAGCAAAUCAGUUUGAAUGGCUAGAAAAUACACUGAACAGCUCUCAGCAAAAUAAAGAGAAGGUGUACAUCAUAGCACAUAUUCCAGUGGGAUAUCUGCCCUAUUCCAAUGGCACCACAGCAAUGAGAGAAUACUAUAAUGAGAAACUGAUAGACAUUUUUAGAAAAUACAGCAAUGUCAUUGCAGGACAAUUUUAUGGACAUACUCACAGAGAUAGCAUUAUGAUUCUUUCAGAUAAAAAAGGAAGUCCAAUAAGCUCUUUGUUUGUGGCUCCUGCCGUUACACCAGUGAAGGGUGUUUUAGAAAAACAGACCAACAAUCCUGGUAUCAGAUUAUUUCAGUAUGAUCCUCGUGAUUAUAAAUUAUUGGAUGUGUUGCAGUAUUACUUGAACCUGACAGAGGCAAAUCUGAAGGGAGAAUCCAACUGGAAGCUGGAGUAUAUCCUGACCCAGACCUAUGACAUCGAAGAUUUGCAGCCGAAAAGUUUAUAUCAAUUAGCUAAACAAUUUGCACUGCUAGACAGUAAGCAGUUUAUAAAAUACUACAAUUACUUCUUUGUGAGUUAUGACAGCAGUGUAAUUUGUGAUAAGAAAUGUAAGGCCUUUCAAAUUUGUGCAAUUAUGAAUCUUGAUCGUAUUUCCUAUGUAGAUUGUGUCAAACAAUAUUAUAUAAAGCACAAUCACUAGUAUUUCUCUGUUUGUGUUCAUAGCAAAUGUAACACUGCUCUCUUUCUGAGAUCAGUUUGUGGGAAUUGUUAUGUUAAUGUUUGUGAAAUACUGAGUGGGAAAGCAGAAUUCCUGUCUUUGCUUUCCUUGUUAUGAUACCCAAAUGUAGAUAUUUUUGAGAUUCUAAAUUUUUAUUACAUUGAAUAUAUUUAAACUGCCCAUUAAUAGAAUAACAUUUGGAUGUAAAUAUCCUAUCUUCCAGUUUAUAUAAUUAUAUCUAAUUUAUAACCUUGUUGAAAUGGUCAUUUAUACAAUAAAGCAAAUUACUUCUCCCUAA